AUAACGUCUUUGUCACCGAAGCCUGCCUCAGGAGCUUUCAGGGAGUUCCUUUUGUUUAUUUGGCUUUAAUUUAUGGCCCUUUGGUUAAUUUCUCUAGCGGUUGCUUAUGCCCUCUCGGCGCCCCCCUCCCCCAUCAGAGAUAGAGCUUAACUAUCCACGAGAGAUCCAGAGAGGUCUUCGCCUCCGUCCUGGUGCCCGAGUUUGUGGCUGGCCUUUUUUGGGCCACGCCAGGCAGGCCGCGGAGAUCCCAUGCUCGUCGUGGUGCGCGCGCGGCUCAGCUUGGGGCCACGCCGGUCCGCAGCCAGGCCUCAACCACGGUUCAAAGUUGAAGUCCGUGUCUCUUCCAGCUCCCCUCUUGCGAAGCCUGGGAGCCCAGAGUUAUCCCGCGCUCGGCGGGCUGGGAGGCCCCGGCCCGGACUCGCGUCCGGCGCAGCCGAGGUCCCCCAGCGCCCCCUACAGCCGCGCGUGCGGUGAGACGGCGCAGGGUCCUGUGCCUCCGCACCACGCCCGGGACCCCACCCAGAGGCUCCCCGGGACUGCGCGAGCACCCGCAGCUCCUGGCCGCAGAAGCGGGGUGUGGGCCCGGCGGGCGUGCUGCAUCCCAGAUCAAUCUCGAUUGCUCCGCCCGCCGCGGCCCUACUUCCCCUCCCUUCCCCUGUCCCUCCCUCCUUCUCUCCCUGCCUCCUUCCCUCUCGCCCGCCGGCGCCGGACACGCUGCACUUCUCUUGGGGCGCUUUUCCCCUUGGCCGACCGUCUCAUCCCGCGCAACUUUGGGACCGUGGCCGUUUGGUGUUGAAUGUUCUCCUCCGAGAGCGCAUGGCUGGGGAAGCGAGGUGCGGGCUCAAUCCCCGAGGGGCCGCCGUCUGGGAGGCGGUGCUGCUGCUGCUGUGCCUGGGGGUCCCGACCGGGUGCCCCUACAACGUGGACACCGAGAGCGCGCUGCUCUACCAGGGCCCCCCCAACACCCUGUUCGGCUAUUCGGUGGUGCUGCACAGCCACGGGGCGAACCGAUGGCUCAUAGUGGGGGCGCCCACGGCCAGUUGGCUUGCCAACGCUUCAGUGGUCAAUCCCGGCGCGAUUUACAGAUGCAAGAUCGGAAAGAAUCCAGACCUGAAUUGCGAACAGCUUCAGCUGGGUAGCCCUAAUGGAGAACCUUGUGGAAAGACUUGCCUGGAAGAAAGAGACAAUCAGUGGUUGGGGGUCACGCUUUCCAGACAGCCGGGAGAAAAUGGCUCCAUCGUGACUUGUGGGCAUAGAUGGAAAAAUAUAUUUUAUAUAAAGAAUGAAAAUAAGCUCCCCACGGGUGUUUGCUAUGGAAUGCCCUCUGAUUUACGAACAGAACUGAGUAAAAGAAUAGCUCCAUGCUAUCAAGAUUAUGUGAAAAAAUUUGGAGAAAAUUUUGCAUCAUGUCAAGCUGGAAUAUCUAGUUUUUACACAGAGGAUUUAAUUGUGAUGGGAGCCCCAGGAUCGUCUUAUUGGACUGGCUCUCUUUUUGUCUACAAUAUAACUACAAAUAAAUACAAGGCUUUCUUAGACACAAAUAAUCAAGUAAAAUUUGGAAGUUACUUAGGAUACUCAGUUGGAGCUGGUCAUUUUCGGAGUCCACAUACGACUGAAGUAGUUGGAGGAGCCCCUCAACAUGAACAGAUUGGUAAAGCAUACAUAUUCAGCAUCGAUGCAAAAGAACUAAAUAUCUUAUAUGAAGUGAAAGGAAAAAAGCUUGGUUCUUACUUUGGAGCUUCUGUGUGUGCUGUGGACCUCAAUGCAGAUGGCUUCUCAGACCUACUCGUGGGAGCUCCCAUGCAGAGCAUCAUCAGGGAGGAAGGCAGAGUGUUCGUAUACAUCAACUCUGGCUGGGGAGCAGUAAUGAAUGAAAUGGAAACAGAGCUCAUUGGAAGUGACAAAUAUGCUGCAAGAUUUGGGGAAUCUAUAGUUAAUCUCGGUGACAUUGAUAAUGAUGGCUUUGAAGAUGUCGCGAUUGGAGCUCCACAAGAAGAUGACUUGCGAGGUGCUAUUUAUAUUUACAACGGCCGAGCAGAUGGGAUAUCAUCAGUGUUCUCACAGAGAAUUGAAGGACUUCAAAUCAGCAAAUCAUUAAGCAUGUUUGGACAGUCUAUAUCUGGACAAAUUGAUGCAGAUAAUAAUGGUUAUGUAGAUGUGGCAGUUGGUGCUUUUCGGUCUGAUUCUGCUGUGUUGUUAAGGACAAGACCUGUAGUGAUUGUCGAAGCUUCCUUAAACCAUCCUGAGUCAGUAAAUAGAACAAAUUUUGACUGUGUUGAAAAUGGAUUGCCUUCUGUGUGCAUGGAUCUAACACUCUGUUUCUCAUACAAGGGCAAAGAGGUUCCAGGUUAUAUUGUUUUGUUUUAUAACAUGAGUCUGGAUGUGAACCGGAAGAUAGACUCUCCAUCGAGAUUUUACUUUUCUUCUAAUGGAACGUCGGAUGUGAUCACAGGCAGCAUAAAAGUGUCAAGCAGAGGAGCUAACUGCAGAACACAUCAAGCAUUUCUGCGGAAAGAUGUGCGGGACAUCCUCACCCCAAUUCAGAUUGAAGCUGCUUACCACCUUGGGCAUCAUGUCAUCAGUAAACGAAGUACAGAAGAAUUCCCACCACUUCAGCCAAUUCUCCAGCAGAAGAAAGAAAAAGACGUAAUUGAAAAAACAAUAAACUUCGCAAGAUUUUGUGCCCACGAAAAUUGUUCGGCUGAUUUACAGGUUUCUGCGAGAAUUGGAUUUUUUAAGCCACAUGAAAAUAAGACCUAUCUUGCUGUUGGGAGUAUGAAGACAGUAAUGUUGAAUGUGUCCUUGUUUAAUGCUGGAGAUGAUGCAUAUGAAACAGCUCUGCACAUUAAACUCCCCUCCGGCCUUUACUUCAUUAAGAUUUUAGAUCUGGAAGAGAAACAAAUAAGCUGCGAAGUAACAGACAGCUCUGGCUUAGUCAAACUUGACUGCAGUGUUGGUUAUGUAUAUGUAGAUCACCUAUCAAGGAUAGAUAUCAGCUUUCUCCUGGAUGUGAGCUCACUCAGCAGAGCAGAAGAGGAUCUCAGCAUCACAGUGCAUGCCACCUGUGCAAAUGAAGGGGAAACGGACGACCUGAAGCGUAACAGAGUGACUUUAGCAAUACCUCUCAAGUAUGAAGUCAUGCUAACUGUUCAUGGGUUUGUCAACCCAACUUCAUUUGUGUAUGGACCAAAGGAAGAAAAUGAGCCUGAGACGUGCAUGGCAGAGAAAAUGAACUUCACUUUCCAUGUUAUCAACACUGGCCAUAGCAUGGCUCCAAAUGUUAGUGUGGAAAUAAUGGUACCAAAUUCUUUUGCCCCCCAAACCGAUAAGCUGUUCAACAUUUUGGAUGUCCAGACUACAGCUGGAGAAUGCCAUUUUAAAAAUUAUCAAAGAAAGUGUGCAUUAGAGCAGGAGAAAGGUCCAAUGGAGAUCCUGAAAGACAUUUUCAAAUUCUUGUCCAAGACUGAUAAGAAGCUACUGUUCUGCAUAAAAGAUGAUCCAUAUUGUUUAAAUUUUUUCUGCCAUUUUGGGAAAAUGGAAAGUGGAAAAGAAGCCAGCGUUCACAUUCAGUUGGAAGGCCGGCCCUACCUUUCGGAAAUGGAUGAGACUUCGGCCCUCAAGUUUGAAAUAAGAGCAACAGCUUCUCCAGAGCCUAAUCCAAAAGUUAUUGAACUAAACAAGGAUGAGAAUGUUGCACACGUUUUACUUGAAGGACUACAUCAUCAAAGACCCAAACGUCAUUUCACAAUAGCGAUUAUUUCAAGUAGCUUGCUACUUGGACUUAUUUUACUUUUAUUGAUUUCAUACGUUAUGUGGAAGGCUGGCUUCUUUAAAAGACAGUACAAAUCUGUACUACAAGAAGAAAACAGAAGAGACAGCUGGAGCUACGUUAACAGCAAAAGCAAGGAUGGUGAUUAAAGACUUCUUUCAAAUUGAGAGA